AUGGCCACAGUCAAUCUGGUGACUGAAAAGCCUGGAUGCUGGAAUAUAGACAGGAAUCAAGCAGACAUAAAUCCUUGCUCUCAUGGAGCUAAGCUUCAGCUAGAGGAGAUAAACAAUGGGAAGGGGAGAGGGAGCAGGCCUGGCUUUGCCUCCACAAAGGCAAACCAUUUUAAGAAGCUGCUGAUGGAAGAGUCUCCCCUUUGGAAAGGCCAUCUUCCCUCCCAUCAUCUCCAUCCCGUAGAGAGGAAAACCCAGGCUUGGUGUUGGCAGUCAGGCAGUUCAUCAGAACUGAAACCACCUAACCAGCAUCCACCGCCCCCCCCCCCCGCCACCGCCCCUCUCCCGCCCCCCUUGCCGACUGGAAGCAACCAUGACAUGGUGCUCAGAGCCCUUGCAGAGGUGUGCUGUGGUCUCUCUGAGCUCAUCACGGCACCUUCCUAUGCAGGAGUUUCAAUUCAAGGUCAUUUUUGGUUCCUUUUAAGUAGCAGACUCAGAACCAGAUCUAUUCAAGUGUAG